AUGGAAGAUAGUAGCAUGAGUAGUCUUGAUUUAUCUUGUUCUGAGAAAACUAAACAGGUGGAUGAUAUUAUCCCAGUACCCGAGGAAGAAACAUCAUCUUCACUGGGCUCAAUCCCAUCCCUCAUUAAGGAUGCAGAUAACUAUGUAAGAGGAAUAUUCAGUGGCUUUAAGAGCACCUCUACUGAUGAUGAGUGUAGUACAACUGCUGAAAAGGAUGAUGAUGAAGAAGAUGAAGAGGAAGAAGAAAAGGAACCAUUAUUAGAUUCACUGAAAAAUUCCUUUAAGAACCUUUUUGACAAAAGAGGCAUAGCUCUUUUGGCAUUAAUAUUUCUCCUUGGAUGUUUGAUCUACAUGUACAAAAAUGGACACUUGGCCAAUAUUGCAAAAAUGCUUCCAAUGUCUUACCUAACUGGAGAAAGCCAUGAACACCACGACCACCAUGAGCACGGGCAUGAAGGAUGCACCUGCAAAAACAAAGGCGAAAAACCAGCGAACAAUGACGGCCCAGCUGGAGAAUGCCCAUGCCAAAGAGCUAAGAGAUUAGCUGAAGAAGCAGCCAAACAAAAAGCAGAUGAAUUAAUAAAUGGAGGCCAUAUCUUUGAGGCUUAA